AUGUCAGCCGCCGGCGUCCGGGGCCUGCGGGCCACCUACCACCGGGUCCUUGAUAGAGUGGAGCUCCUGCUGCCUGAAAAAUUGAGGCCGUUGUACAACCACCCGGCAGGUCCCAGAACAGUAUUUUUCUGGGCUCCAAUUAUGAAAUGGGGGCUGGUGUGUGCUGGAUUGGCUGACAUGGCCAGACCUGCAGAAAAACUCAGCACGGCUCAAUCUGCUGUUUUGAUGGCUACAGGCUUUAUUUGGUCAAGAUACUCACUUGUAAUUAUUCCAAAAAACUGGAGUCUAUUUGCUGUUAAUUUCUUUGUUGGGACAGCAGGAGCCUCUCAGCUCUUUCGUAUUUGGAGAUAUAACCAAGAACUAAAAGCUAAAGCAAAUAAAUAA